UCUUCCGCCCUAAUGCAUUGAUCGGAGACGCUUUGGGUCGACAUCGAGAUCUAAGACCACUGUCCUUUUCUUUCGAGAACAGGUUUCCGAUAUAUUAAAAAAAUAUAUAUGAUCUUGCAUUAUCUACAAAAAGUACCAUUUAAAUAGUAGUUUAUUUAAUAAUUGUAGGUAUUAUUUACACACGAACAUCUGCAGUUGCCCAUCAAUAUGACUUCAUCUGGAUUUACAAUUCAUCCUGAAUGUUGUGAAGUUUUUAAUCAAUUUAAAUCAAACUGUAAUAAACCAACUCAUGAUUUCUUAGUAAUGAAACCAGACAAAGAUAAAGUUGUUCUAGAUUUAUGCCCUCCUCUUGGAGAAAGUGCCACUCUGGAAAAGUACAAAAAUAGAGAGAAUCCAGCUUAUGAUAGAAUGGUUGAUUACCUGGUGGAGCAUAAAUGUCGAUAUGCUUUUUAUAUAUUUGAUGUUAACACUGCAGACGGGCGGCGUACAAAAGUUGUUUUUUUUACUUAUGCUGAUGACAAUGCAAAGGCUCAGGAAAAAAUGAUAAUGACCACAAGUAAAACUGCUGUUGAAAAAGGGUGUCCUGGUUUUGCUGUUAAAAUUCAGGCUAAUGAUCGCGAUGAUUUAUCAUACAAAACUGUACUUGAAGCUGUUUUAACUUCAAAAUAACUCUGUUGAGUGAUGAUAUGUGAAUUUACGUAGGAUACAUUUUAAAACAGUUUUAAAUAUAUAUUUAAGUUGUUUUUUUAA